GUGUGUGUGUAAGUGUGUGUGUCUGCCUCUGUAAGCUGCCAUGCGCUGUGCCAUUGCAAGGAGAGACAAGCAGAGGAUAGUAAAGUUAGCCCUCGAAUAAAAAACAUAAAAAAGUCUGUCAGUGAAACCAGCUGCUACCAAGGCAACUCCUUUCCCACAGGUUGUUCUUUGCUUCUGUCACUGUCUACAACACACUUCUCUCCAGCCAGCCAGCCAGCAAGAUCCAACACUUCGCAAGGAUGUGGAAUCUGAUACUUGGGGUCACCUUUUUUGGAUUUCUAAGCUCAUCCCUAGCCGAGAUUCAAGUGAAUGCUCGCAGUUGCAGUUAUGCCGGGGUGUUUCUGAUCGAGGGGGGGGGCCGCCACACGCUCAACUUUCAGAAGGCAAUGGAGGCCUGUGAUCAGCUGGGCGCCUCCAUGGCCAGUCCAGAGCAAGUACAGGAGGCCUAUAACAAAAACAUGGAGACAUGCAGACAUGGCUGGAUGAAUAAUGAGACACUGGCCAUCCUCAGACACUCGUCUCAUGGAAACUGUGCCAAGAACCUGACAGGCCUCAUAUUAACCCCAAAUGUGAGUCCAGAUCAGCAGUAUGACGCCUACUGCUUCAACGACUCAGCUGGUGAGGAUAUGGACUGUUCACAAGCAUAUUCAAAUUUUGAUAAUCCUAGUGAAGCAGGAGAAUUAUCAACUCCUCCAGACACAGAGUCAGAGAUCCCAACUUCAGUGGAAAGUGACUUGGAGACUGUGACCGUAACCCAAUUGGACAAAGUGACAGAAGGCGAAGAACGUACGAUUAGUCCUGAAGAGGAUAAGGAAACCUACACAACAGCAACGGACGUAGAUGAAUCUCCAGAUGUGGUUCCAGUGGAGAACAUCACUCUCACCCCGGAAACAGGCUCUGGGAUGCAGCCUACUGGAGCAGAGGAGGAGACGGAGUCCUUCACCACCGCCCUCGUGUCGGACAAGCCAGAGUGCAACACAAGGCCAGGAGAGCAUGACGAGAGAGACACGGAAAACGAAUCCAAAGGGGAAUCCACUGAAAUUAUUCCUGGAAGCCGCUCGAACUCAGUGCUGGACGACGGCGCCCACCACGACUCACGAGAGAAUGGGAGCACAUCCAACUGGCUGGUGAUACUGUGCGUGAUUGUGGCGGUGGCGGCCAUUCUCCUGGUGUGUGCAGUGGUGGCCAAGAGGAACACCUUGUGCGGGAAAAAGCAGACUCUCAUGAUCACCAAAGAAGGCGGCGAGGGCAACGGCACGGCCAUGUCCGCCUCCAGCUCACACGCCCAGGAGAGAGAGCAGGAGAUGGUCACGCUCAUGAACAAGGAGAAGAUCCAGGAGAACGGAAACACGGAGGAGUUCACCGUCAUCACGCUAGAGGAGUCUCCAGACAAGGACCAGACCGCCUGAAAUUUACAGUCGACGCCAGGGCUGGGGUCUGUUUCGUCGUGAGGGGGGCAUUUGGUGAUCAGCACUGAAUGACUGAAGUUGGAUGGAGUGUGUAAAUUGGUCCGAAAGCCUCACUAUGGGACUGCUAAUUUGAGUGGUGAUGUCAAAAAAACGUCAUGAAUUGUCGGAUUGCUUUGAAUGCAUCAGUAGAGGGAUGUGCUAUGAAUGUGUAGUGUGUUAUUUGUGUUUAUUAUUACCAUGGUGAUAAAAAGGAAUGGUCAAAAAUUAAGACAGUUUAAAAAAAAAUCUAAUAUGGGACCAAACAAAUGACUUUUAACAAUUCUUUCAUCGUCUUUUGUCUAUUUUGUAGCUGUAUAUGCCCUGACUUGACCUGUGGAUUUGAACGCUCUAUAUCUUAAUUUAUGCCAUUUUCUGAACUCCCUUUUCCCCAUUUUGUAUAUAAAGUGAAAUGUAAAUGAGAUGCCUUAGCAAUAACCGCCAGCUGUGCUUUUGUUUGGUAGAGAAUCCCUUUCAAACCAAGGAAUGUGUCACUUUGGUAAACUUAUUUAAUUAGAAGUAGCAGUGGAGGUUGGAUUUCGCAAUAGUUGAAGUGAAUUGCAAUCAUGUUUGUAUCACGUUCAAAACUGUGCAACUCAAGCACCUUCUAUGUCCAGUCCAUGGCAUAACAAUAUUGUAUUAUUUAAAACAAAGUCUAUGUUUCCCAAUGUGAACCAAUGGUGAUCAAGGUAGUACAAUCUGUCUGUACAAAUCAAAGAAAGCAUGUUAGCUUGAUUUUAUUGUUGCCUAAUCGAUUUGUGUUAUGUAAAUGAUCUAGUCUUUUAUUUUGAAGGUGGUGGGUGAUAUAAGCAUAUGUUUGUAACUUAUUCAUUGCAGUGGGCAGUGAUUAUCCAGCUUGGAGGAGCAGAGGUAAUGACACAAUUUUCAUUUUAAAAGUGAAUUAAUGUAUUAUGUCCUUGAAGUAAAUUGAAAAUCCAAUUACAAUCAUAUAAAUGUGGCCAUCAAAACCAAAAUGUGGGAAAAGUGAAAUCUCUUCCGUGUGCAAGUGUCCAAAACUGUGUCUAAAAACAGUGUUUAAAGUGCUCAUUAUGUUUAACAUUUCUGCAAAACAAUUUACUUGUAUUCCCAAUUUGCCAGUGUACGCAGAAAGUGUGACAAAUUUAAGAAAACAACUUUAUUUGUUGAAAUCAUGUUUAAAGUAUUAAAAAAAAUGUGUUUCUUAUGAGUAAACUGUGCUGAACUUUUGGAUAAAAUAAGUAUGUCUCUUUACUUCCUGUAAUUUUCAACAUAUUUAAACUUUUUCUUUGUAAAUUGCUUUUUGAUUGGUGUAAAACUAUAAUUUACAACACUUAUAAUCCCACCAAAUUAAGUCAAAAUUAGAGAAUUAUAAAAAUCUGUUUUACACACUUUAAGAUACAAACAACUAUAAGCCAAAAAUGCUCCCAAACUUAUGAGAAAUUGCACUUUUAUUGGUAGACCAUCAAAAAAAUCCAGGACACGGACUCAGUUGUAGCAGUGUUUUCUCAAAAGUUGCAUGAUGUUGCAUAAUACUAUCACUGACAACUUAUCGGAAGGAUGAAUAUAAGUUAGCACAACAGAUACUGUUAUGAAAAGUUGUGUCAAGUCUCUUCUCUGCUCCUCUUAACCGGUAACUCACUACUGACUGUCAUUUCUACUGUAGUUACAUUCUCCCAAAACACUGGACUGUCCCUUUAAGAUAUUUCUCAAGCAGUGAGUGACAGCGGUUUGGCUUUGGAUACAACCGGCCCCAAUGAUAAUGAGGGGCCCCUGUGCUGUACAUAGAGCAAAGUCCAGGGCUGCUUCAAAAGAAAGACUGAUCCCGUCUAUGUGUGCGAUCACCCCACGGACUCUCCCUCCCGCUCAAUGAAAGACGCUUGUAUACUCGCACGCCCGACUAUACGCCAAUCACUUUCACACAUGCAAAAAACAAAACAUCCCCACUGAUUUUACCAUACAUCGUGUCAUAUGAAAUACUCCAUAGACUUGUUUGUAAAGCUUUUGCAUUUGACCCUAAGAGGAAGUAGCAGAUGUUUUAGUGUGGGCAGCUUUUAUAGGUUUUAAAGAGUCAGAGUUGUCACUGAAAAAAAAAAAAAAAAAGAUUUGUAAAGAUCCCAAUGAAAUAAAUGUGUAAUGGAG